UGAAAGUAGAAGAAUGAAACCGUGAAAAGAGGGAGCGGAUGCACAGUAUAGCCAUGUUCAUGUCCAAGCUAGUAUUGCUUCUGUCUCUCCUAAUCAGCUUCGUAUCCUCCGAAGAUACCAGCUUCACCUUCGUCGGGUUUAAGCCGGCAAAUCUAAGCCUAGACGGCAUAGCAGAAAUCACUUCCACUGGCCUUUUGAAGCUCACUAAUAAUACAAAGGCUAAAAUGGGCCAGGCUUUCUACCCCAAUCCAAUAAGCUUCAGGAACUCGUCGAAUGGCGACGUUUCCUCCUUCUCUACGACUUUCGUCUUCGCUAUCGUUUCUGAAGAUGCCGCUUUGAGCGGUUAUGGGCUUAAUUUCGUGAUUGCUCCAACAAGUGGACUCCUGGCAGGUAUUUUAUCCCAGUCCCUUGGCCUUUUCAAUACUAGCAGCUUUGGUGAUCCCAAGAAUCAAAUCGUUGUCGUAGAGCUCGAUACAACCAAGAACCCAGAAUUUCACGACAUCAAUGAUAACCAUGUUGGGAUUAAUAUAAACGGGUUCCAGUCCGAGGGAUCUGCUACAGCAGGAUAUUAUGCUGAUGACAAUGGUGGGUUUAGGACCCUGCGCCUUAAAAGUGGGCAGCAAAUGCAAGUUUGGGUGGAAUACGAUGGUGUCCAGAAGCAAAUCAAUGUUACUUUAGCUCCACUUGAAGUCGGUAAACCCAAAAUUCCGCUAUUGUCUUUGUCCCGCGAUCUUUCACCAAUCAUUGGCAACAACAUGUAUGUUGGCUUCUCGUCCGCAACUGGCCAGCUCCUAGCGAACCAUUAUGUUCUGGCUUGGAGCUUUCAGAUGAAUGGCCAGGCUCCAGAACUUCUUCUCUCUCAAGUCCAGUUGCCUCCGAUAUCAGUCGGUAUAGAGAGAUCUAAAUUUUUGACAAUUGGGUUGCCUGUGAUUAUUGUUAGUUUAGCGUCGGUAGCAAUUUCAGGUGUAAUUUAUGUCAUAAGAAGGAAGAGGAAGUUCGAAGAAUUGCUGGAAGACUGGGAGCUUGACUAUGGGCCUCAGAGAUUCAAAUACAAAGAUCUUUUUGUUGCCACAAAAGGAUUUAGGGAGAAAGAGCUAUUGGGCAAAGGUGGAUUUGGUAAGGUCUAUAGAGGUGUACUACCUACCUCCAAAAUUAAGAUUGCGGUGAAGAGGAUCUCCCAUGAAUCAAGGCAGGGAAUGAAAGAAUUUGUUGCAGAAAUUGCCAGCAUGGGUCGGCUCCGCCACAGAAAUUUAGUACCACUCUUGGGGUAUUGCCGGCGAAAGAAAGAGCUGCUGUUGGUGUAUGACUUCAUGCCUAGUGGAAGCCUAGACAAGUACCUUUUUUACCAACCUACGCUCACUCUGUGCUGGAGCCAGAGAUUUCGAGCAAUACAAGGUGUGGCAUCGGGGCUGUUUUAUCUACACGAAGAAUGGGAGCAAGUUGUUGUUCACAGAGAUGUCAAGGCUAGUAAUGUCUUGCUAGAUGGUGAACUGAAUGCUAGAUUAGGAGACUUCGGUCUUGCAAGAUUUUAUGACCGUGGAACUGACCCUCAGACGACCCAUGUGGUUGGAACCAUAGGGUAUAUUGCGCCGGAGCUUGCUCGAAGCGGCAAGGCCACUACAAGCACCGAUGUGUUUGCCUUUGGGGCCUUUUUGCUUGAGGUGGCUUGUGGAAGAAGACCAAUAGAGCCACAGUGGCGAACAGAGGAUGUCAUCUUGGUUGAUUGGGUGUUUUCUCAAUUGAACCGAGGCGAAAUUCUUGAGGCAAGGGAUCCAAAUUUGCGCACAGAUUAUGUAGCAGAGGAAGUAGAGUUGGUAUUGAAACUUGGGUUGCUAUGCUCUAAUUCAGAGCCUGCAGCUAGACCAAGCAUGCGCCAAGUUGUGCAGUUCUUGGAGGGGGAUGUUCCUCUUCCAAAGUUACCGUCGGUUAGUCUUUAUGCCAACGGCUUAUCGUUCGCCAUGUCUUAUCCGGCGGCUCCUAUGGACAAUGUGUUCACGCCUACGUCUUUCGUUGCAGAUUCGCUUCUCUCGGGCGGUCGCUGAUUCUUAAAGUUUUUGUUACCCAUUGUAAGUUUGUUUGUGACCAUUAAAGUGUGAUUUUUUGGAAUGAUCAACUAUAAUUUAUUUCUUUAAGGUUGUGCAGUAUAUGUAUGAGCAUGGGCCUCUCUGAUCAUAUAUUUUGCAACUUUGCAUGCUCCUAUAUCCGUCGAAAUAGAUGUAUUGGGAGGAUAAUAAUUCAUUAGCGUUUUGGAUUCAUACUGGAAGCCAUUAUUAAGGAAUGGAUUUCACCCCUUGAACAAAAAAAAAAAGUAUUUCUAUUCAUGUCCUGUGAUGGAGAUUAGACUUUUACAUACGUAUUAUACAGCAUGAACAGAAAAGGGUAUAAGGUAAUCAACAAUAGAUGUUUUAUAAAAUGUUUCUCACACUUUGUGUUGAGAUAUCAGCUUGUA